CUGAGCAGUGAGCAAAACAUCACCUUUCAGUUUCACACUUGACACUAUACACUCACAGCUCAACUCAUAAGAAAGAGACAAAAUCCAAAACCAGAAUCUAAGCCCAAACACUCCCUCCAAUUCCAUUAAACUUUGCCUCACAAGACCUAUUUCUUCAUACUGCAUUAACCAUUUGCUUCAAUAAGCAUUCAGUUCCACUCUUUCACUGUUGGAGCACUAUAUAAAGUCUCCACCCUCACUCACAUUCCUCCACAACCCCAUCUCUCAUUACAGGUUUUGUUAUUUGAUUUUUCUGAAUGGAGAUACCAAGAAUUUGGCAAUGGUUAAAUCUUCUAGUAUGUGUACUGUUAUUAAUAAAGUCAGAAGGAUCUGGUUUUGUUCCAAUCACUUAUUUGGAGGAUGCAGAGUCAAAAGGAGCCGUUUGUUUGGAUGGUAGUCCUCCGGCCUACCACUUUGAUAAGGGAUCCGGCGAAGGUGUUAACAGCUGGAUUGUUCAUCUUGAGGGAGGAGGAUGGUGCAGUGAUGUGUCUUCUUGCCUUGAACGCAAGGACACUCGGUUAGGUUCAUCCAAACAAAUGGAUACACAGGCUGGAUUUUAUGGAAUACUUAACAACCAACAAGAUUAUAAUCCAGAUUUCUACAACUGGAACAGAAUCAAGAUUAGGUACUGUGAUGGAUCAUCAUUUACUGGUGAUGUGGAAGAAGUUGAUCCGACAAACAAUCUGCACUUCAGAGGAGCAAGAAUUUUUGAAGCAGUCAUUAAGCAUUUACUUGCAAAAGGAAUGGAGAAUGCUGAAAAUGCUAUUCUGUCUGGAUGCUCUGCUGGAGGAUUGGCUGCUAUAUUGAACUGCGAUCGCUUCAAAUCCUUCCUACCAAAUGGCGCCAGAGUGAAAUGCGCGCCGGAUGCCGGCUAUUUUAUCCAUGUACCAGAUGUCUCCGGAACAAAGCACAUUGAAAAUUUCUACAAUGGAGUUGUUGAAACACAUGGAUCAGCAAAGUAUUUGUCUAAAUCCUGCACUUCAAAAUAUGGUGCUGGCCUGUGCUUUUUCCCACAAUAUGUGGCACAAGAUAUCGCCACGCCCAUUUUCGUUGUAAAUGCGGCCUAUGACUCAUGGCAGAUUAGAAACAUUUUGAUACCGAGCAUGGCGGAUCCACACGGAAGCUGGAAAAACUGCAAAGAGAACAUAAGCAAUUGCACACCUGAUGAACUAGAUGCUGUGCAAGGGUUUAGAGAGGAUUUCAUAAAGGCAUUGAGUGGGGUGCAGAACUCUCCAUCAAAAGGAAUGUUCAUAGAUUCUUGCUACAUCCACUGCCAAACGGGAAUGCAAGAGCUUUGGUUCAAUCCUGAUGCACCUCAGCUUGCAAAUACUGUAUGUAUUUCUAACACACACUCACUCUUUCUUUCUGCUUUGCUUAUAUUAUUACUAAUUUGCAGACUAUUGCUAAGGCCGUUGGUGACUGGUUUUAUGAACGAAAGCCUUUCCAACACAUUGAUUGUGCCUUCCCAUGCAACCCUACUUGUGGUAAAAUCAUCUUAUCUUAUCUUCUUGUUUUCAACCAAACAUAAAAGUAACAAUAAUCAAGAAACUAAAGUAAGUAUUCCACAGUUAGUUGUAUUCUUUCAUUUCACUAAUAAAAAUACAAGCAAAUACAAAACAUAUAUUGGGAUUGCCUGUAUAUUUCAAAAAGUUAAUAAGCUAAGAUACUUGGUACUGCAAAAUAUUCUCUGCUUAUCUUCAAUUAAUCCUUGGGGGUUGCCUCUCAUGUAGACCACCAAUGUUGCCAAUGUAUAUACUUUUUAUGUACUACUUUUUCUUUUCAAAUAUGAGAUGAUCUCUUAAAGAAUAAAGUUGGCUCAUAUUUUUUACUUAUCUAAACUAUUUACGGUUAUUUAAGCAACGGUUAAAUUGUCUCCGUCUGAUUUUAAGAUCACGGAUUCAAACCAUGGAAAUAGUCAUUAAUGUAAUUAUCAGGUUAGAAUGCAUAUAUUACACCUUUUGAGUGCGGCCCUUCUCCGACCUUGUAUAAUCACUUAAUCAGAAAGAUCAAAGCAAACUGAACAAUAGCUAUGUGAAGAUGGCGUUGACAAAUAAAAUCUUUCAGAUCUUAGACCCAGUUAUUCUGCAUGCAGAAUAGAUGGAACAGCAGCAGCAGAAAACAGCAGGGAAACUAGAAAAUAAGACGUUCUGAUGCAGAGAAGUGUUUACAUUCACUGUUUAAGAUUGGACUUGCUUGUUCAGUGGAGCCAUCAAAAGAAAGAAUGAGCAUGGAGGAUGUCAUCAUAGAGCUAAACCUGAUAAAGAAUUCCUUCAGGAUUGACUAGACUGCAUGUAUUAUGCAUAUGAUCACACUAUUUUUUUUUUUUUUUGUGCUUUUUCUACUUGAUUUGCUAGUCUUUUCCUUUCAUUUUUCUUUUCGUGUUUAUGCCUAAUUGCCUACUUGUU